AUGAAAGCGUACCUCGAUCAAUUAAACUUGGAUGAUGGAGUCACUAAAUCGAUUUUUGGAAGAGAUGUCCAAGAGUGCUACGAUCUUUCCAAUCAUGAAUAUUUUGGAAGGAGCAUUCCCAGUAUUGUUUUCAGAUGCUUGGAUUACCUCAUGAAGACUGGUGCAAUUUAUGAAGAAGGUAUCUUCAGACUAAGUGGGUCUGCUUCUACCAUCAGGCAGUUGAAGGACCAGUUCAAUUUACGGUUUGAUAUUGACUUAUUUGAGACACCGCUCAAACCCGACAUGCACACUGUGGCAGGAUUAUUCAAAGCAUACUUGAGAGAAUUACCCAACCCCAUAACAGGAAUCCAUGCUUAUAACCACUUAAAUCAAGUUAUACUACAAAAUAGCAAGAGUAUACCUGCAUCAUCAAUAGCAAAGAUAUUCAGAGAUUUCCUUCAUGAUAACGUGGACCGGGUACAUUUUGAUCUCUGCUAUGUGAUCUUCAAGUUUUUGAGGCAGAUCAUUGCCCAAAGCCAAAACAAUAGAAUGAACUUGAGAAAUGUGUGUAUAGUGUUUGUUCCUACUUUGAACAUUUCGUUGGAGGUCUUGAGCACAUUUUUGGUUGAUUUUGAAUGCAUUUUUGAGGGUGGUAUGCCUUUGGAGGAUAACAAGAGAGAGGUCUUGGAUUUACAUAUCCCUAACUUCUAA